CGGCGGGGAGCGGCGCGGCGCGGCGCGGCGGACGCGGCGGACGCGCUUCGCCCCCGGCGCCGCCCGGGCCUCGAGGCUUUCGCCUUCUCCAGCCGAGAGGACGCGGCUGUGACUCGAAGACCUUGUGUGGACAGUAAUGACCUCACGUUUCCGGUUGCCUGCUGGCAGAACCUACAAUGUACGAGCAUCAGAGUUGGCCCGAGACAGACAGCAUACAGAGGUGGUUUGCAACAUUCUGCUCCUGGAUAAUAGUGUACAAGCUUUCAAAGUUAAUAAACACGAACAAGGGCAAGUUCUGUUGGAUAUAGUCUUCAAGCACCUUGAUUUGACAGAACGAGACUAUUUUGGUUUACAGUUGGCUGAUGAUUCCACAGAUAACCCAAAGUGGCUGGAUGCAAACAAACCAAUAAGGAAACAGCUAAAGAAACUGCUUUUAUUAAUUCUAGGAGGAUCACCUUACAAUUUGAACUUUAGAGUCAAAUUUUUUGUAAGUGACCCGAACAAGUUGCAAGAAGAAUAUACAAGGUACCAGUAUUUUUUGCAAAUUAAGCAAGACAUUCUUACUGGAAGAUUACCCUGUCCUUAUAAUACUGCUGCCCUUUUGGCUUCAUUUGCUGUUCAGUCUGAACUUGGAGACUACAUUCAGUCAGAGAACUUGCCAGGCUACCUCUCAGAUUAUUCUUUCAUUCCUAAUCAACCUCAAGAUUUUGAAAAAGAAAUUGCAAAGUUACAUCAGCAACAUACAGGCUUGUCUCCUGCAGAAGCUGAAUUUAAUUACCUGAACACAGCACGUACCUUAGAACUCUAUGGAGUUGAAUUCCACUAUGCAAGAGAUCAAAGUAAUAAUGAAAUUAUGAUUGGAGUGAUGUCAGGAGGAAUUCUGAUUUAUAAGAACAGGGUACGAAUGAAUACCUUUCCAUGGUUGAAGAUUGUAAAAAUUUCUUUUAAGUGCAAGCAGUUUUUUAUUCAACUUAGAAAAGAAUUGCAUGAAUCUAGAGAAACAUUAUUGGGGUUUAAUAUGGUGAACUACAGAGCAUGCAAAAAUCUGUGGAAAGCAUGUGUAGAACAUCACACAUUCUUUCGUUUGGACAGACCACUUCCACCUCAAAAGAAUUUUUUUGCACAUUAUUUUACAUUAGGUUCAAAGUUCCGGUACUGUGGGAGAACUGAAGUCCAGUCAGUUCAGUAUGGCAAAGAAAAAGCAAAUAAAGACAGGGUGUUUGCAAGAUCCCCAAGUAAGCCAUUGGCGCGGAAAUUAAUGGAUUGGGAAGUAGUAAGCAGAAAUUCAAUAUCGGAUGACAGGUUAGAAACACAAAGCCUUCCAUCCCGAUCUCCACCUGGAACUCCUAAUCAUCGAAAUUCUGCAUUCACCCAAGAGGGAACCCGCAUACGACCAUCUUCAGUCGGUCAUUUGGUAGACCAUGUGGUUCAUACUUCCCCAAGUGAAGUAUUUGUGAAUCACAGAUCUCCAUCCUCAACACAAGCUAAUAGCAUCAUUUUGGAAUCAUCGCCGUCACAAGAAACUCCUGAAGAUGGACAGCCUCCAGCUUUACCACCCAAACAAUCGAAGAAAAACAGUUGGAACCAAAUUCAUUGUUCACAUUCUCAACAGGAUCUAGAAAACCAUAUUAAUGAAACAUUUGAUGUCCCAUCUUCCCCUGAAAAGUCUACUCCUAAUGGUGGUAUUCCACAUGAUAAUCUUGUUCUAAUCAAAAUGAAGCCUGAUGAAAACGGAAGGUUUGGAUUCAAUGUAAAGGGGGGAUAUGAUCAAAAGAUGCCUGUGAUUGUCUCCCGAGUAGCACCAGGAACACCUGCUGACCUCUGUGUCCCUCGAUUGAAUGAAGGGGACCAAGUUGUACUGAUCAAUGGUCGGGACAUUACAGAACACACUCAUGAUCAGGUGGUUCUGUUUAUUAAAGCUAGCUGUGAGCGACAUUCUGGGGAACUCGUGCUUCUAGUCCGGCCUAAUGCUGUUUAUGAUGUAGUGGAAGAAAAGCUAGAAAAUGAGCCAGACUUCCAGUACAUUCCUGAGAAAGCUCCACUAGAUAACAUUCAUCAGGAUGAUCAUUCCCUUCGGGAAUCAAUGAUUCAGCUAGCCGAGGGGCUUAUCACUGGAACAGUCCUGACACAAUUUGAUCAACUGUAUCGCAAGAAACCUGGAAUGACAAUGUCUUGUGCCAAAUUACCUCAGAACAUUUCCAAAAAUAGAUACAGAGAUAUUUCGCCUUAUGAUGCUACACGGGUUAUUUUAAAGGGUAAUGAAGACUAUAUCAAUGCAAAUUAUAUAAAUAUGGAAAUCCCUUCUUCCAGCAUUAUAAAUCAGUACAUUGCGUGUCAAGGGCCAUUACCACACACUUGCACAGAUUUUUGGCAGAUGACUUGGGAGCAAGGUUCUUCCAUGGUUGUUAUGUUGACCACACAAGUUGAACGUGGCAGGGUUAAAUGUCACCAGUAUUGGCCAGAACCCACAGGAAGUUCAUCCUAUGGAUGCUACCAAGUCACUUGCCACUCAGAAGAGGGAAACACUGCAUAUAUCUUCAGGAAGAUGACACUAUUUAACCAAGAGAAAAAUGAGAGUCGUCAACUCACUCAGAUUCAGUAUAUAGCCUGGCCUGACCAUGGAGUUCCAGAUGAUUCUAGUGACUUUCUGGAUUUUGUUUGUCAUGUGCGAGAUAAAAGGGCUGGCAAGGAAGAACCUAUUGUUGUUCAUUGCAGUGCUGGGAUUGGAAGAACUGGGGUGCUCAUUACAAUGGAAACAGCCAUGUGUCUCAUUGAAUGCAAUCAACCCGUUUAUCCACUGGACAUUGUAAGAACAAUGAGAGAUCAACGAGCCAUGAUGAUUCAAACACCUAGCCAAUACAGAUUUGUAUGUGAAGCUAUUUUGAAAGUUUAUGAAGAAGGAUUUGUUAAACCCUUAGCAUCAUCAAACAAAUAAGAAUGCAAAAGGUCUGGAAUAUGAAUUGGGAAACUGCUUUCCUUCAUAUUCAACCUGCCAUAAUACUGCUUGCAGGAAAUGGCAUCUUAACAAAGAGAAAUCACAGAAACUGAAAACUUCAGCACUGUUGCACUUUAUGUUUUAAAAAAUAUCACUCUCUUAAAAUCUAUAACUCAUUGUUUGAAGACUAUUUCAUGCUUUGCUCCGAACAAAUAGUGAAUAACUGUGUAUGUUCAGGGUAAUUUAUGAAAUUUUGUGGUGGUGCCAUGCAGUCCCCUUCUCGUAGAAUUGCCACAAACAAGGCUCAGAAUUCUCAUCAUCUCUGAUAUACACUUGUAUCUUGAAAGCAAAAAGAAGUAAACAUCAGGAGUCCACUCUGGUGUUUUCCAGUGAUUUAUGUACUUAUGAUACUGAUUACCAGAUUUUAUUUUUAAAACGUUAGCAAUAUUAUUCUCAAUAUUAGCCAAUACACUGCCUAUGGAUGCAGCACAUCUUUCCCUACUCCUCCUAUAGAGACCUGCUGUUCAUGAGAAGAAAGGUGGAAUUUGCUUUUCCCAGGAAAUGCUGCACAUUGCCAUUUACCAGCAUCUUAUAGAAAGUAUAAAUAUGAAUCUACACAUUUUCUUGGGUUCAAUAAUGUAACUUAUAUUUAUCAUAAAGUUGGCUUAUUCCAAAUCAUGUAAGUUCACAUACUUGAUGUAAAGGAAUGCAUGCAUUGUGUCUUAACCCCUUAAGUGCCUUGAGACGUCUUUGUAUGUCUAACGAAAAGGCACUCAUUUGACCCCAAUAGGAGGUAUUUACGUAAAUUGUACGCCUAUGUUCUUAUGCAUUUUGAAUCAUCAGUUCACAUCAUUAAAUACAGCUUCUUGUAUUGAGAGUCACACAGUCAGAAGGUUAAGGCAAUUCUAUUUCUUUACUCAAUUACUGUAUUUUGCCAUAAGGAAAGGUAAUUUGUAUUCUACUGAAUGAGCACUGCUGCUGUGGAAUUGUUCAAUAUCUGCACAUUCCUUUCCCAAGGAACAAGGGUUACAGUUUAGCAGCUCAAGUUUAAAAAUACUUUAUUCUUUAAAUUUUAUAUUUAUUUUAUCUUUAACUUUAGAAAUGGCAUCUAACGUGCACAUUAAAGUAAAACAUUGAUACUCUAAAAUUAGAAUAGCUAACUGUGAUUUAGUUCUGCCACUAAAUUAUUACUCUUCAGAAUUUAUUUCAGUUCAGAUUAAGCUUUGAUCCCACUGAUCCUCCUAGUUGGGACACUUCAGACAAGGAACGGAACAUUGUUGACUUUUUUCCAAAUGUAAUCCAUCAAUAAAUAAAAUGAGGAUCCUCUUGUCAUUUUUAUGAAUCACCAAAUGACUACCGUUUGUAUAUACUUACUUGAACUAUGAACAUGUUAAUAUGGCAAGUUUUGAUCAGCCUGAUGGAAAAAUCUAAUUCCCUUUAAGAAUGUGUAUGUUUUCCUCUUCAAGUUUUUUUAAGUCUACUAUUUUAAGAUAGAAACUUUAAAAUUGCCCAGUUUUAAUAUAAAUGGAAAUUUGUUCACCUGUUAAAAUGUUCUAUUACACAAUUAUUUUAUAUGGUUUGGUUAAAGUAGAUUCAUUUCCUAGUAACUUCUGAAUAUUUAUGUAUGAACUUAAUAAAACUUAGUUUAAUAGUAGACAUUUUAGAAUGCCAUUUAGUAUGAUGGGAGAAUGUAAAUUUUAAAAUCUUAAGUAAUCUGACUACUUAAGAAUAAGUAAUAAGAAUAAUCUUAAGAAAUCUUAUUACUUAGGUAAUAAUAAAAUUAGUUCAGAUUUUCAAAAUCCAUAAUAAUAAAUUUUAGGAAGCUCCUAAACACUAUAGCAAGAUGCCAAAUAAAUUAUUGUAUUAAAAUAUUUUUUUAAGGAAGAGUAAACAUUACCUUUAUGUCAAAGAAAAAUUCUCUUAUCUAUUUCUGGAUUUCACAGUCAAGACAGUAUAAUUUAGUAAAUAGCUAUAGUUUUAUUUGAACAUUCCAUUCUCUAUUCACAAAAAAAGUACUUUAGGCUGCUAGUAACAUCAGGAUAGAUUAAAAAGUGAAAAAGUAAAAUCAAGUUGCAGGGCUGAGGGGUGUCUAUAUAAUUAAUGCCUGUUUUGGUAGUUGUUUUUUACCUGAAUUUAAAAAAAAAGUCUGUUCUACUGUAUGAAAAUAUAUGUUUGUAGAUAUAAAUAGGCAAAUGUCAUAGUUGGCAUGUUCUUUAAUUUAGGGCUUUGUUUACACUUUUGAGAUUAACUGUAAUGAUUUGUUGGCAAUGAACUAUGCUGCCUUUUUAAUGCAAGCCUUUAGAUGAUAAUAUAUUAGAACCUAAGAUUUAAGUUCUCAUAUAUAUUUUUCAUCUGGGAGCUACCCUCUGUCAAUAUGUACAGAAAGAUCCCUUUUUAAAAGCAUAGUUAUUGGAAUUUUACCAUUUAAAAUAAAUUGCCCUUAAAAUGAA